GCUGUGCUGGCAGCGGACACCUCCAAGGCACGGUGCAGGUGACCUAGAACACUGAUGGCAAACUUCAAGGGCCACGCUCUCCCCGGGAGUUUCUUCUUGAUCAUUGGAAUGUGGUGGUCAGUGAAGUUCCCACUAAAGCACUUUCACCAAAAGGGCAAGAAGAACAGGCUGAGCCAGAAGCAGCAGCGGGUUGAAAUCAUUGAAGCUGCAGUCAGGAUUUUCUGUUGUGUCAUUGGGUUCCUGGCAGAGCAGCUUGUUAGGGAUGGGCCCUUCUUCCAUCUCUACCAAGAUGACCACUGGGUGAAGAUGAUGAAUUGGCAGCACUCCACUAUGUACCUCUUCUUCGGAAUCUCAGGAAUCAUUGACAUGCUCACCUACCUUUUCACCCACAUCGUGCCCUUGGGGGUGGACAGACUGGUGAUGUGUAUGUCAAUACUCAAUGAAGGCUUUCUCUUCUACUACCACGUUCACAAUCGACCCCCGCUGGACCAGCACAUUCACACACUCCUGGUGUUUAUUGCAUUUGGAGGCAGUAUCACUACCUUCCUUGAGGUGCUUCAUCGAGACAAUAUUGUGCUGGAACUCUUAAGAACCAGUCUUGCUAUUCUUCAGGGAUCCUGGCUCUGGCAGAUUGGGUUUGUGCUGUUCCCACCUUUUGGAACCGUGGAGUGGGACCAGAAAGAUGAGCACAACAUCAUGUUCAUCACCAUGUGCUUCAGCUGGCACUGUGUUGCUGCCCUGUUCAUUGUGGCCAUCAACUACAUGCUGGUUUACUGCUUUCUGGCCAGGUCAAAGAAACAGGAGCAUGGAGAGAUCAUUGGGAUUCAGAAGCUAAAGUCUGAUUACACUGACCAGACCGCCCUUUUGAGUGGCUCAGAUGAGGAGUAAGACCAAACUGUGGGGACUUGAAGCCCUCUCACCCUGUUGAGCCAGCUGUGGUCAGAGUUCUCCAUCUCCUGUGCUUUGAGGAUGGCCUUGAUGUGCUCUGAGACCUCCAUCCCUACACACAUGCUCUUUUAAUGCAAAGUUGGAGGCUCAAAUACAGGAAAUUAGCUUUGGAUGGUUUGUGUAUCUGCAUUUUUAGACAUAAUUAAAUUUAAAGUCUGUGUUCUAGGGUCAUAUCCUAUAAAGAAAAGGAAGUAAUACCUAUGUGCAUCUCCAUAUAAAGCACUUCCAGACUCUGAAAUCUCCAGCAGGAAAUGACCUCGCAGAUGGAGCCAAUAGUGUACGAAUGCAGGGACCCUGCUACUUCUGAAAAGUUGCCCUUACAUCCCUCCAGAAAGCAAAGUCUUUCAGAAAGGAACUCACAUGAAUUAAAGAGCGUAAUUUGCUUUA